AUGGAGAAAUCUUGUAUACUUACCUUUAUUAGACCAGUUGACUCGAGCAUGUCGAAUGUCACAGAAACCCUUCUUCCAUGGUACUUAGGGUAUCUGGGCGGAAACUGGUCCCAAGCCAUACAGUGCAUGAGUGCUGGAAGCAAUGGAUAUAGAGAAAAUCACGCGUCAAUCAACGGUGGACUCAAUAAUGGCUGGGCAAGGAACAAUACACCGUGGAGUUGGGGUUAUCUAAACCGGCAUGACCUCCCCGUCCAGUUUGCCAUUGCAGAAGGCUGGACUGUCGGCGAUAUGUAUCAAGAAUCGCAAAUCACUGCAACAAACCCGAAUCGAGUCACCUUAGUGAGUGGAAGUAUCAACGCACCUGGCAGCCCGCAGACGCCAGAUGAAGGCGGCGUAUAUAUAGAUAAUAACGAAACCCCGGGAUGCGAGUCUCCCAAUCUCAACUGCUACCCUCUCAAAUGGAAAACGAUAUUCGACAUAUAUGAAGCUGCGGGCGUUUCUUGGCAGGUAUACCAAGGAGUGGACAACUUUGAUGACAACCCGUUGGCCUGGUUCGAGCAGUUCCAGAAUGCACCAGCAACCUCGGCGUUGUCAAAGAAGGGAAUGGCGUAUUUGGGACUAGAUGCCUUUUAUGCCGAUGCUGCUUUAGGUACCUUACCACGAGUUAGCUUUAUCGUCGGCCCGCGAGAACUUUCCGAACAUCCGCCAUAUUCUCCUUCUGAUGGCGGCUGGUUGCAGCACAAAAUUUUGGAUGCUGUGGUAAGAGGGCCAAAGUAUGGUAAAAGUGCACUUCUGAUUAGUUACGAUGAAUCUGGUGGUUGGGGGGACCAUGUUCCUCCUUACCAUUCCCCGGAGAACACGACCGGUGAAUGGCUGGAAGAUCCGUAUCACCUUUUUGGAAAUAUCUACACUGGCCCUGGAGUUCGAGUCCCUUUCUAUAUCGUUUCCCCUUGGACUCGCGGAGGACGCGUCUUUACCGAACACGCUGACCACAACUCGCAAAUCCUUUUUAUCGAAGAAUGGCUCACCGCCAAAGGUUACAAUAACGUCAGGACAGAUGAAAUGGUUCACUGGAGAAGGCAGAACAUGGCUCAUCUCCUUAAUGCACUGGACUUCGAAAAUCCCGACCUCUCCGUACCUGACAUACCAAGACCGAAACAACCCCACCGCAACUUCCGCGGCGAAUUCGACGGUUCCGCCUUUUGCGAAUCACAGUUCCCGGACCCACGACCGCCUCCCCCAUAUUCCUCGCAACCCAGCACACUCCCCAAUAUCGUCGAAGAAGGGUAUAAGAUAUGCGUUGGCCAACUGACCGAGGGCCGCUAUCUUGUUUUCGAAAAUGAAGACGGUCGUCUGCUAGCGCACAACAGCACCACAUCAGACAUCAACGAUCAUGACAAUACACAGCCGUCACUACUAACGACAAUGCCAUCGUCGCAAGAGCCCUCGAAUAGUAAUAAUAACGCAGAAAACAAAAAGAAUAAAUACCGGCCCCAGAAUGCGCGGUGGGUCAUCUAUUACUAUAACAAUAACAGUACCGAUAUUGCAGUCAUCGCGACAAACCAGUCUGGUCCGUUUUUGGUGUCAAGUUUUGAUAAAAGGUUGUGGUUAGCGUCGGGGGGAAGGCUGGUUUCUUCGAGGGCGGGGGCGGCGCCGGUGGAUAUUUUAUUUUUUGCAGGGAACAGGGAUGGGGAGAAAAGGGGCUACUCGAUAUCGUAUCCUUCGCGUGGCAGUGGUGAUGAUAACACUGGUAGUGAUCCUGGGUAUAUAAACGUCGAUGGGGUCGGCAAUAUCUUUGUGGGCGAGAAGAGGGAAUUGUUCAACGUGGUUAGUGUUACAUAUUAUGAUUAA